AUGGAAGGAAUAAACAAAACUGCCAAGAUACAAUUCUUCUUCCGUCCAUUCUCACCUAACCCUGAGGUUCAGAUAAUGAUUUUUGUGGCCUUCCUGGUGAUGUAUCUGACUAGCCUCAGUGGAAAUACCACAAUUGCAGUCAUUGUCCAGCUCAACCACUCCCUCCACACCCCUAUGUACUUUUUUCUGGCUAACUUGGCAGUUCUGGAAAUCUUCUAUACCUCUUCCAUCGCCCCACUGGCCUUGGCAAACCUUCUUUCAAUGGGCAAGACUCCCGUUUCCAUCACUGGAUGUGGCACUCAAAUGUUUUUCUUCGUCUUCUUGGGUGGGGCUGAUUGUGUCCUGCUUGCAGUCAUGGCUUAUGACCGGUUUGUCGCCAUCUGCUACCCCCUGAGAUACACCCUCAUCAUGAGCUGGUCCUUCUGUGUGGAGCUAAUGGUAGGGUCCCUGGUGCUGGGGUUCCUGCUGUCACUGCCGCUAACCAUCUUGAUCUUUCAUCUCCCAUUCUGCCACAACAAUGAGAUCUACCACUUCUACUGUGACAUGCCUGCAGUCAUGCGCCUGGCUUGUGCAGACACACACGUUCACAAGACUGCCUUGUAUAUCAUCAGCUUCAUCGUCCUCAGCAUCCCCCUUUCCCUGAUCUCCAUCUCUUAUGUCUUCAUCGUGGUAGCCAUCUUACAGAUCCAGUCUGCAGAAGGACGCCACCGCGCCUUCUCCACCUGCUCCUCUCACAUCGUCGUGGUCCUCCUGCAAUAUGGCUGCACCAGCUUCAUUUACUUAUCCCCCAGUUCCAGCUACUCUCCUGAGAUGGGCCGAAUGGUGUCUGUGGUCUACACUUUUAUCACCCCCAUUUUAAACCCCUUGAUCUAUAGCAUGAGGAACAAGGAACUGAAAUCUGCCCUAAGGGGGGUGGUGGUCUCUGUCUUGCUUUACAGGAACGCUGCUGCUUUUACGCCAACAAGUCCGACAGAGUUUGUGACAAGCUCAACCAAUUACAAGAAGAUCUUCUUCAAUAUAGAAAACAAUUUGCCAACAAUCCCUUAUGGACCACGUGGAACAGACUUCUCCCAUUUUUACUCCCCUUGCUUGGUCCUCUUUUGGGCCUUCUGAUUGUUUGUUCUUUGGGGCCUAUACUUUUUAAUAAGCUCAUGGCAUUCCUUAAACAACAAAUCGAUUCAAUAAAAAUGCAGCCUAUCCAAGUCCACUAUCACAACCUGGAGAUGGAAGACCGCAGGGCCUAGACUGUGCUCCUGC